AUGAAGCGGAAUCGCAUCCAAUUCGAGACCAAUGGGGAGUACUCAUCCUCCUCUCCUGCUGGGGCUGGCGGUGGAGGAACCCCGUUGCACGCUGCUGCAGAUGAUGAUGCACGAAGCGCUUCCCGACAUAUACCCAAGAUCUCACGCAAGAUUCGGGCGUGCACUGAAUGUAAGCGGCAUAAGGUGCGCUGUGACAUGAAGACCGGAGACCAAAUCUGCCAGCGAUGUCAGCGAAUGGGCCUGCAGUGUGUGGUUAACAAAAGUCUUCAGACGCUGUUAGACGAUGAAGCCGAAUGGAAGACGACGAUAGAAUUAGCCAUGGCAGACUUAUUGAGGAAAGCCCAGCUACCGGAACUCUCGUACUACCAAGGAGGCGGUCCCUCGCCGCCUCAAAAUCGCUUGAACGAACGUGGCCGGAAGCUAUCUACUGCCUCUGUUGAAGCUGUGCCUCACACCGGAGAGAGUAUGAGGAACAAUGUGACAACUCACUCUCGUCAGCCCAGUUCUGGACAUCAAAUGCAUAGAGAACAGUCGCACUACUCCCCGGAACGAGAGGAGCCUGGCACAGCGACUCUAGUAACCGCGCCAAUGGGUAGUCUCUUUGAAGUUACACAACUAAGCAACUCCCGGGAAAAUUCACCUACGCGCCAAUAUGCGCCCGACCGUAUGGUUGCGGCGGAUUUUAUAUCGCGGGGAGUCGUGGACUCUGCCGAGGCCGAAGAACUUUUCGCCUACUUCCAUGGACGUCUCAACCACUACUUAUGGGCAGGAAUGGUGAUGCCUCACAGGAAUCUACUCUCUGUUCGCCAGUCAUCCACACUACUUACCGCUGCUGUCCUGGCCGUUACAGCUAUACAUAUCCCCAGAAAGGAGCGCACUUAUGAUACCUGCUACGCAGAGUUCGCGAGGUUGGCGUCAGAGUCGAUGCUGAAUAGACAUCAUAGUCUUGAUGACCUGCGAGCUUUAUGUAUUGGCGCAUUCUGGCUCUCUGAGGUUAGCUGGAAGCUUUCUGGCUAUGCAGUCCGCAUUGCAACCGAACGAAAUCUCCAUCAAUGUUACCGAAAGGCUAUACAGGGCUCACCAGAGCAUCGAGAGCAGGGCCAGCUGUGGUAUAUUCUCUACGUUCUCGAACAUCAUUACUCUAUCGCAUAUGGUAGACCACCUAUCAUUCAUGAAGACAUUUGCAUCACCAAUCACGAAAACUUUUUGAACCACCCAUCCGUUGAGCAGCGUGACAUACGCCUUCACAGCCAGGUUGCUUUAUUCAUCAUACUGACCCGCAUCUACCACGCAUUCGGCCCUGAUGUGGAUGUUGAGGUUCUUGAGCAUGAACUUCCUCGAAUAGAAGAAUUCGACAAGGACAUCGACAACUGGAGGAGGUCUUGGAGACCGCGUUUAACCCUGAGGACGUAUCACUGUGCAACGUCGUUUCGACCGCUUUCUGCAGCACGCAAGAAGCACGCGGAGAUUGCCAUCAAGUCGGCCAUUUUGACUCUUACUAUUGUCCUAGACGAGCCCGACAUUCAAGCAUGUCUGGUGGGAACGCAGCUCUUUCUGCUUAGCAUGAUCACAUUCGCAGCGGUCUUCCUGCUCAAAAUCGCUGUCAAAGUGCACCCUGCUUGUGUUACUGGCCCAGACAGUCAACGGAACUCUCUUGCGGCUGCCGGCCUCGAUAUCGAUAUUCCUUACGUACUCGAAGUAAUCGAAGAGAUCGCCAACCUGAUGAUAUCCGCGAGCCAGAAAGCGAGCGAAUACCACGUGAGCCAUCAUAUCGCGCGAGGUCUGCGCAAGAUGCUGGCGGGCUUCCGCGAAUGGGAGCAAAAGCAUGCGCUACGUAAUAAGAACAACAAUGAUAAACAGCCAGCUCGAUCACAACCGCCGCCGCCGCAGCAACAAACGGGACCGAGCUGGCUCCAUGAUACAACUUCACUUUUUGGUCCAAUAUCCCUUACCAACCCACAAACCCUCGGCGAACGAGCGACGAUACUCAACCAUCCGCAUCCACCUGCGAUGCUUGGUGUUGCACCUCUCUCGUCCGAACGUGGUAGCAACAACAACAACAACAACACCUUUCCUUCUUCAGCUUCUACGGCAGAAAUACCCGGAAAUCCACCCAUUGGCGGCCUGUCUGAAGGAUCGCUGGACCCGAUGAUGACGGAUAUGUGGGGAUUUGAGGAGGAAUAUUUCCCUACGGGCAUUUUUGACUUUUUGCAGUCACAGAUGCCAGCAUAA